AUCCCCGCUGAGGUAUUACAAUCCGGAGAAGUCACCGUCACAAUCUUACACAAGAUAUGCACAAUGAUGUGGAAGAAAAAAGAGUGGCCAGCACAAUGGACACUAUCCUUGAUAAUUCCAAUUCCAAAGAAGAGAAACAUAAGACAAUGUAAUAAGCAUAGAAUUAUCAGUUUAAUUUUCCAUCCAAGUAAAGUAAUGCUGAGAAUAAUAGCCGAAAGAAUAAAACCACAUGUCAAGAGGAUCGUGGCAGAAGCUGGCUUUCUUGAUGGUCAUAGUUCUGUAGAACAAAUAUGCAAUGUAAGAAUUCUAGGCAGUAGUGAGGAACUCACAGAAAUUACAGGAAGAUUAGAUAGCACAGCGAGACUACACGGAAUGGAGAUAAGCAGUGAAAAAGUAAAGUUAUGAUAACAUCGAGAGAGGGAGAGAAAAAAUGAUGUAGACAUCAAAGUGGACGGCCAAUGUCUGGGACCCGUCGACACCUUUAAUAUCUAUGAUCCACUUUGAAUGAGGAUGUAACAACUGAGACCCCGUUUAGACUAAGGCAGCCUUUCCACUAGCCUGGGUUAAAAGUUAUCCGUUUCUUCGUCGCGUUCCCACUAACCCACUUGAAAAACGGAUAAGUUUGAAAACGGGUCUCAAAGUGGGUCAGUUUUUACCCGGGUAUCUUUUGACUCACCAGCGAGUUAAUGGAAACGCCGAACCCGGAUAACUUUUGAUCCACUUGCAACAACAGCAACGUUUAAAAAUUGAGACGGCGCCAAAAAUAAAAAAACAAAAUCCUGGAUGUCGAUGUUGCUUCCAUUGGCCUACAACGAUAGAAAUUGAAAGAUUUUUGAUGCAAAUACUGAUUUCUCUUACAACUUUUCACCCUGGAUACAUUUUAACCCGGCUUAGUGGGAACGAUAAAAAAUGGAUUAAAAACGGGUCGAAGAAAAGUGCCGUUUCCAUUGACUCACUUUAAAAACGGAUAACUUUUAACCCGGGUAUGUUUUAACCCAGGCUAGUGGAAAGGCUGCCUAACUGUGCCGGAUAAAUUUUAUCCGAAUCAAAAUUAGUUCAGAUAGGCGUCGCAUUUACACUAGACCCACGCUAUCCGGACAAAAUUAGUUCACCUAGGAAAGAAGAUUAAAUUUUUUCGAAUUGCUAUGUGGUACAGUAUAGACGGUUUUAUCCGGAUAAAUUUUAGCCACAUCGUAUCUUGCUCGAAAGCGAUUGGCUAUUUCUUCCUAUUUAGAUUUCACUGUCUCCCAAUCAAGACCUUUCCCCAUCUUGGCUUCCUUGUAGUCAGUAAAUACUCGUGUUAAAAGUGCAGCAUCUUCGUCAGUCCACGUAAAAUUGACAUCCUUAUCAGCUUUCCCCACUUUCUUCGCUAUUUCAGCGUCAUUUUUUUUCAGAGAACGAAUUUUUAAUUUUUAAAACUAACUUUGCCUAAUUUGAUUUGACAAUAUCUUCGGACUUCGUCUGAAAGAGAAGCGUAUGACUCUAAAGAGAGAAUUAAAAGUUUUUUACGUUGGCUGGAAUUUAGUUGUUAUUUUGUUGCCCAGAGUUGACUUCGUUUUGGACGUUCUGUGCAUGAUUUAGGUCAGGUGACUGCAGUUAUCCGGCACAUUGUAAACGGAAGGGAAAAGUAGACAAAAUUUGUGCUGCACUGUGUAAAUGCAAAUCAACCCGAACAAGUUUUAUGCGGAUAAAAUUUAUGUGGCAAAGUGUAAAAAGGGUCUGAGAAGGAAAUGAAGACUAGACUUGGAAUGGCAACCAGGCGGCAGGAUAACAUCUGGAACAGCAAAAACAUUCAGGUUAGAAUAAAGAUAAAGGUGAUGCACUCGAUGAUAGCAUCAAUAGCACUUUAUGGAUGUGAAUCGUGGACUGACAACAAGCAACUUGAAAAGGGGUUGAAUGCCUUCGAACUGCGGUGCUUUCGAAGAAGCCUGGGGAUCAGCUUUAAAGACCAUCGAACAAACAUCUCAGCGAUUGAAGAAGUUACUCAGAAAGCAGGCCCAUACGAACCACUACUUGAAAUCGCCAGAAGAAGGAAGCUGCAGUGGUUUGGACACGUAACACGCCGAUCAGAGACCCUGGCGCACACCAUUAUGCAUGGGACUGUGGAAGGGUCGAGAAAGCGAGGUCGACCAAGAGUGAAUUGGAUGAAUGACAUGGAUGAACGCUGACGUGUGUAAGGGUAGAAAUCGCCUGCGCAGUAGGGAGAAACGAAAAGUCAAAUCUGGCAACACUGAAAUAUUUCGGAUAGACAAGGAUACAUCAUUAUUUUUGACGGGACGAUAAUGGCGCUUGCUUUACGCAAAAUUACAAAUUUCAGGGUUCUCAUCCAUUAUGCGAGGUCAAAAAGUUACAAUUACCUUCCGAAAACUGUCUUGACAGCCGAACGACGUUUAUGCAGUUCAUUUGCUGCAGGAAAAAUCCCAACAAGCAAGAACACAGACUUUGAAACAACCAACGAUAGCUUGCAAGUAAAUUGGGACGAUGGCGAUCAAAGCAAGUAUCCUUUUAUAUUUCUACGUGACAAUUGUCAAUGUGAGCAUUGUUUUCAUGCAACAGCAAUGCAAAGAACUUGCGAUGUUGUAGGAAAACUUUCUGUCGACAUAAAACCAGAGUCAACUUGGCUGAGCGAAGAUGGAGUUACAAUGGAAUGGGAGGAUGGACAUCGGAGUUCAUUUUCUUUCAAGUGGCUGAGGGACAGGAUGUUUCCAAAACCAGAGAAGGAGAUAGGAUCAAUGAUUGAUUGUGGCCUUAAACCAGUUACCUGGGGGAGCGAGCUUGCUGAAAAGAUCCCAAAAUACGAGUUCGGCAAAGUGUUAACGGAUGACACCACCUUACUUUCCUGGCUUGAAACAGUGGCUGUGACAGGUCUGACGUUGCUGGAGAACACGCCUGGAACAAGUGAAUCUCUCGAAUUGAUUAGGGACAAGUUAGGAUGUGUCUUUCGACCAAUCCAUUAUGGUGAAACCGAUGUUAUACAGAAUAAACCAAGCCCAAAUAAUCUUGCAUAUACGGCAGACGACUUACCACUGCAUGUUGAUUUUCCGUAUUACAAAUACCAGCCAGAGGUACAGUUGCUUCUCUGUAUCAAGCAAGCCAAAGAGGGAGGUGAAAACAAUUUGGUAGAUGGAAGACAUAUUGCCGAGCAGCUUCGAGACGAAGACCCAGAUGCUUUCCAACUUCUAUCUUCUGUCAAAUUUUUGUUUCGAGACGUGGGAUCUGACAAAUACGGCGAUUUCAAUAAGGUUAACGAGAAACCAGUUAUAGGCCUGGACAGUUUUGGAAACAUUGCGGAAAUUGCACAUAAUAAUCCUGCGAGAGUUUCAUUCAUUAACGCCCCUGCCGAAACAGUGAAGAAAACCUACGAGGCCUAUUCCAAACUAAUAAAAAAAAUGUAUGCACCUGAGAAUCUGGUCACAUACAAGAUGAGAGAGGGAGACCUGCUUGCAUUUAACAACAAGAGGAUACUGCAUGGGAGAGGCGCCUUUGAUGCUACGUCACAACGCUAUCUUCAUGUCUGUUUUUUUGACUGGGAUGAGAUCUACUCAGCUAUUCGUGUCUUGAGAGGAAAGCUAGGCUUCCAAGGAGUAGAAAAGCUUUUUUAAGUCUAACUUUGCAUUCACCAUUUAGUGCAAAACGUCAGAUUGCAAAAUGUGAUUUUAUUUAGAUUAAGGGACUCGUAGACUCGUACGUAUUCUUCUAUUGUUGAAAAUUUCAAACUAGAAAUCCCUUUGAAUCAAGCCUCUGAUCCCUUACCAAUAAGGGUUGUAAGAACAGAAGACGUUUGGUACAUUAUCUUUAGAGAGUACUUCAGAUAAGAGGUACUUCAUGUUAAGCGGGGCGUGGUGGAGAUCCAGCAGUUGAUUGCACAUGCAGCUGUAUCUGAAGUUGCUACAAGCACAGUACAAUGAAGGCUAAAGCUUUGAUCUUGCGUGUCCUUUUUUGAAGCUAUCUCUUUAUUUUGAAGCCCAAAAGAAUCUUCUGCAAAAUUCAGCUUGUCCUCUCAAUCUAACCAGGCUGCGGAGAAGAGCUAUAUCGAUUCUGAUUGUUGCAUUCAGAUUUAGAAUAAAACAAAUGAAAAUGAAAACAGUUUCAGAGACGAUGUUUUUGUCAGUGUAUCUUAGAUGACAUGGUGAGGAAUGUUGAAUAACACAUUUCUGCUUCUAAUUAACUCAAAUCUAAUGAUACCUAUUCUAGUUUUGCACAUAAAAAGUUCUACAUUACAGAGCCCCCCCCCCCCCCCCUUAAAAGAAAAUUCGAAUUUUCGCCACACUUGAAUACAUUGUGCCCUGCAUGUUGAUAAUAUUUCAGGCAAAUUUUACGAAACUAAAAGGUUAUGGCUAAAAUGAUAAAGGAAUAUGGCAGAUUAUAUGGAAAUGAUCUUUGUUUCGGGGAAAUAAUUUAGUGUUAAGAAAAAUUUAGUCAGCUGUGUUACCCUAUCAGUUCAUCAUGGCGUUUAGAGUUGAAUCGUUGCAUUAAUCUAGAAAUAUGUUUGAAUUCGAUGACCGUUACUCAAUUUUGAGCAGAGGAAGAACAUUUUAUUCAAAUUGCUAUUUGGGUGAUUAACUUCAUAUAAUUGGUAAGUUAAAUUCAUAAAAUAACUUCUUAUAAAUAAUUUUAUCAUUUGCAUUAUUCAGAGAUAACCAUAAUUUUCAAGUAUUUUCGAUGGUUUUGCUUGGUGAAUUGUUUGCGGAGAAAAAUGUAAUUCUGAGAACACAAAUUUUUUUUAAACUAUUCUCAAAGUUUGUAUCAGGGUGUACAUUUUGAUCAAACUUUUGUGAUCAAACAGGUCUUAUUGAAGAAUCAAGGCAAUUCAAUUCGAGGGAAGGGGUUGGUCAUCUCCACACCAAAGGGUUUAACUAAGCGAUGAAGAUCAGUUUCCGUUUUUAAAAACUUCGAGGCUUUUUAACUCAAAGAUGGCAUUACAGUGAUGCCAUUGCCAAUUCGAUUACCUUAUUAUGGCAUUGCCAAUAAUAUACGAUUAUCAUACCUAUUUAUUACUUUGUAGAUAGAUAUCUGCAUGUUCCAAUCUUAGUUUCCCAAACUGAGUUGGCGUCACUAAGUGAGGUGAUGUGUUCCGUCCCGCAUGUGGAACUUUCGAAAACAAACGUGUACAACCCCUUCAAUCCGAGUAAACUUCUUGUUUGGAGGUUCACAUUAAU